AAAAAAAAAAAAAAGAGCUUUUCUCUCUCUUCUUUCUUUUUCUUUUUUCCUGUUUCUUUUCUUUUCUUUUUCUAAAUAUAGCUCCUUUUUUUUUUGUUUUUUUCUCUUUUGUACGAUUUGACGACUGUAAAGGCUUUAUGAUAGUGAAGGGUAGAAGAAAGUAUGGCAGUACGUUUUUUUAAUUUUUUCUUUAUUCUUGCAUCUCCUAAAAAGACACAUGCAUACGACUUUUUUUUUUCUUGUACUGAUCAAUAAGCUAUGAACCCAGGUGGGAGGAAAGAGAAAAGUAGCACAACGCACCAUGGCCACUUGUCAAGUCGGGACGUGACCAUUGUACAACCAUUGGAAUCAAGCUGCGAAUCAAAACACAAAGUUUGUUCAACAAACACAGAGCAAGUAGCAUGUCCAUCUUAUGGUUGUUCUUUCACUCCUCUAUUGAUGCAGCAAAGCAGCACAACAACAGCGACUGUCGAUGCUACUAGAGCAGCAGAGAUAAACAGCAGCCAUCCUCCACGGCGGAUAGCACUCAUUGCUGGACUCACUUGUGGCUGCGUCGUAUUGACGCUUUUAUUGGCCACGAUAGCAGGCGUUGUGAUUUACAGACGGCGAAAAGUAAAAAAGAUACUUCAACAACAAGCCCAGGACGAGAAAGAAGCGUAUAUACCAGAGCAUCCACCCAUCAUUAUCUCAAAAAUUGAACAUGUAUUACCACCUCCAUUGCCACCGCCGCCCGCACCACCUGCACCACCACCACCACCAGCAGCAGCUCAAAAACUAUCCACCACCCUUCCCAAGAGUCAGUUCAAUGGCUAUUGUCAUCAGACUCUGAAAGAUACGGAUGACUUUUACCACCAUCCUCAAUCCCCUUUCGUCAUCGGCGCACAGUCGCUUCAGAUUCCGCAUUUGGACACUCCCGAUCCGUCGUCAGACGAAACCUAUGCUUCGUUUUUAUUACGUCGAUCACUUCAUCUUCAGCCAGUAACAUUCAUGGAAACAAGCUCGUAUCUGAGUCGGGCCUCUUCCGUCAAAGUCAGUAACAAAUACGAUCAUCAUUACCCUUCGGAUACCCACCAUGAUACCCUUCUCUGUCAUCACGCCAAGGCCCCCUCCAUGGCCAGUCGGGAAAAAAAGAGAGCGGUUCCCCAACGCACGGCCGUCGGCUCCUCUCGUGGGGUGGAUCCAGAGCAGAAGCAUCACCGCUCCCCGCAGGCAACCGAGGCUUUGGACAUACAAGACAACAAAGACGAGGAUGCCUCAGAAUGGAUCCUACGGCGAGCCGUUUCCGUUCGCAAAAACAACUCUACGCAUUCGCAUGCUAGUUCGAUCACGCGUGUUGGAAGUGUGACUUCCCAAGAGGCCACGAAAAGACUUUGGGUCUGUGCUCAACCCACGUUCGUCCGUGUGGAAAGCACGUCCCGAAAAAGGACCCUUCGCACUGUCACUACCACCCCCCAGGAUCAGAGCCCCCCAUCACCCUUUCAUGUCACGUUACAUGACCCCCCGCCAUCGAAGCCAGCCGCGGCCACGAUGAGGGGGAUGGGUCCAGAAGGAGUAGCAGCCGUGGUCACAAAGGAAGAAGACGAGAGGCAGGGUAGUGACAUCCACUUUUAUGUUUGCCCGACGUCGGAGGACAACGACAAAGUAGACGAUUUUGUCAGUGAACGUAUCGAGUACAACGAAGACGCCCUUUCCUGCCAUGAUGACAACUCGUCUACCUCGACGCUGGCGGACGGAGAAAUUACAGUGUAUUGGGAACAACAGCCGGCGAUGCCUCCGGCCGUCCAUCCGUCAUUUAUUUAAUUUGUAUGCAAUUCAUUCCAUCUUGACUGUUUUCUCACCAUUGAGAUAUACCCUCCCUUUUUCCUCCUUGAAACAAAUACAAUAAAAGAAACUAUACCCAAUCCUUUGAAAGUGGGCUGUCUGUCCAUGUGUCAUGACACGCUUCUUCAAGAUCCGUCGUCCAUCGAAAAAUAAAAUAAAACAAAAAUACCAAGCCCUGAAGCAGGGGUUCAAAAUUGUCAUCAUCGCCUGUAAGUCCAUCCCAUUUUAUUACGAGAAAGAAGAUCGUUGACCACAAAAAAAAAGUGAAAAAUAGGGUAUUCGGCGGGGAUUGAAUGAAUACGAUCCAUCUGCUAGUUCUUUAAAAAAAAAAAAAAAAAAAAAAA